AUUGGUUGAACUUUCAUUUCCACACCGGUCUCGCCUACACCGAUAACCAGGAUAACAAAACUUCUCACACCCACCCGAAUAAAAGACCGUAGCUCUGCUUUGCCAGCGCCCCUCCUUAUCGGUGAAGGGUUCUCUAUAUUUUCUCCCUAGUCUCUGGAUCUCCUCCACCUCUCGCAAACAAACAUUGAAGCGAACGACCAAGAUGGCCAACGCUGCGUCGGGAAUGGCAGUCAACGAUGAAUGCAAGUUAAAGUUCUUGGAGCUGAAGGCGAAAAGGACUUAUCGCUUCAUAGUUUUCAAGAUUGAGGAGAAGUCAAAGCAAGUUGUUGUCGAAACACUUGGUGAGCCGGCCCAAAGCUAUGAGGAUUUUGCCAAAAGUCUUCCUGCAAAUGAAUGUCGCUAUGCUGUGUAUGAUUUUGAUUUUGUCACACAAGAAAAUUGCCAGAAAAGCAGGAUUUUUUUCAUUGCAUGGUCACCUGAUACGUCAAGGGUGAGAAGCAAGAUGAUAUAUGCAAGCUCCAAGGACAGGUUUAAGAGGGAACUAGAUGGAAUUCAGGUAGAGUUGCAAGCAACUGAUCCAACUGAGAUGGGUCUUGAUGUUAUUAGAAGCCGUUGCAGUGGAAUAUGAGUUCAAGGACUUGGAAUGGAGAGUUUUCUCCAUGCAGUCCUCCUGGGUCGAGUGAAAUGUUUAUAGUUUGUGGGAUCGUGACUUGGCUAGAUGUGAUAUUGAUUUCCAAGUUCUCUACCAUACAGUCUUUUAUUUAAUCCUGAACAACGUAUCUGGUUUCUGGUAUAUCAUGCCAUGCGAUUUGUUAUUUCUAGAGCUCAUGCAUUGUCUUCUUGUACUCUGAUGUCUAAAAGCUAAUAUGUAACUGUUUGUGGGGGAUAGACAAGAGUUUUAGUUUGUUUUAUAAUUUAAAUGGAUAUUUGACCCUUGUGAUCUGCGUUUGUGCCGCGACGAAAGGAAUGCAUAUUUUGCAUAUUCACAUUCUGAUUAAA